CCUAGUUAAAGGUUAGCUUCAGCAACGUACCCCACACCCCACUAUCGAUAAUUCAGUUGUCGGAGCUUUUCCUUCGUUACCAGCCGAGAUCUAAUGUCAUCACCGCGGGGCAUCUGUGUAACCACCAUCUACUGAGGUUAAUAGGUACCGCUUGAUCGACUUUGCUUUCUCUUGCCAUUACAUACUUCUCCCUCCAUAUAAGCACGAACGAAUGAAUCACACCAACUACAGUAGAUACCUAUAAGAAACCCCAUCCCCUCCAUAUAUAUCACGACGACGACGACCACCACCACCACCACCAAGAAAUGGGCGAGCCCGCAAUCACCGAAACAUCGCUAAAAGCGGCUUUGACAGAGCGACUAAACGCAGUCCACGUCGAAGUAACCGACAUGUCCGGCGGCUGCGGCCAAUCCUUCACAUCACUAAUCGUAUCGCCGCAGUUCGCAGGCCAGAACAGCCUGAAGCGGCACCGCGCCGUCAACGCCGCCCUGCGCGACGAGAUCGCCGCCAUCCACGCCUGGAGCGCCAAGUGCCUGACCCCCGACGAGUGGCAGCGCGACAAGGACAAGGACAAGAACAGCGGCCCGCCCUUGGACGGCACAGUGCAGGGGCAAGUUACAGGUGUCGAUGCGUGAGUCGAGGAUAUGUAUAUUUUAAGGAUUCGCAGUGGUUCCCUGCAUGUAGAUAGGAGACCUACUCUACAUACAUGACUAUCAGAUCCCUGUUGUAGGGACGAAAGAAAAGAGACGCUUAGGCAAAUAGGCUUUGGAUAAGCUUAAGGCAUAGAGCUCUAGGAGUACGGGGCACGCGUUAGGCGAGGA